CUCACAGCUUCGAGGAUUAAGGCGGAUAGACAGAAGGGUAAUUUGCGCUCGGUGUUCGACGAAAUCGACGUCAACCGCGACGGCAAACUAUGCCUCGCUGAGUUCACGCAAGCGUACAAGAAAGUGGACGAAUCGCUCACAGACGCACAAAUAGCGAAGCUUUUCCGCGAUGCAGACGUUGACAACAGCGGUACAUUGGACUACGAUGAGUUUUGCGAAGUCAUG